AUGGAGUGCAAACCAGCUCAUACUCCUCUUGAUAGUAAGCUUCAAUUGGAUAUCAAGAGUGAAUCUCUUCUAAACUUGAGUUACUACCAAAGGUUAGUUGGAAAACUCAUUUACCUCACCAUUACUCGGCCUGAUAUCUCCUAUUCCGUGAGCAUUGUUAGUCAAUUUAUGCAUGCUCCUACUAUUGCUCACUUGAACAUUGUCAAGCGCAUCCUUAGAUAUCUUAAGGGUUCAGUUGGAAGAGGAAUCAUGCUAAAAAACAAUGGUAAUACAAACAUCAUGGGAUAUGCUGAUGCUGACUGGGCAGGAAAUGCUCUUGAUCGAAAAAGCACAACUGGUUUUUGUACUUUUGUUGGUGGCAAUCUUGUAACAUGGAGGAGCAAGAAACAAAGUGUAAUUGCUAGAUCAAGUGCUGAGGCUGAAUAUCGAGCCAUGACUUCUGCUGCUUGUGAAUUGAUUUGGCUGAAGGCUGCAAUGCACAUUGCCUCAAAUCCUGUGUUCCAUGAGCGUACUAAACACAUUGAGGUUGAUUGUCACUUUAUCAGAGCUCAAGUUCAGUCCAAAGUGAUUGAAACUCAUUACACCAACAACAAGGAUCAGUUGGCCGACAUUUUUACUAAAUCUCUUCCUGCGGCUCAUUUUCAGAUGAUUCUUAGCAAGCUUGGUUCAAUCAACCCUCUUGACCCAACUUGA